AUGUCAUUUAUGAAGAUGGAACUACUGCCUCCUUGCCCUGUAGUUGUGGUGGAUGACAUAACUUGUGGCAAAGAAUUGGACUUUGAGGUUGAUGUUAAAGUCCAAAAUGUGGGAAAUGUGGAUGGAACUGAUUUUGCCAUCGUCUACUCAAAGCCUCCGGCAAGCAUUAAGGAACUCAUAUCAAACAGCACACUAGCCACUCCUAUAGAUGGGUUCUCUGCGUAUGGAAAUGUGAUUUUUGUAAAUUCAUGUGGAAAUGACACCUCUUGCACAAAGACUGAUGACUUUCCUGCAGCUGUGGAGGUAGCAAAGAAUGCAGAUGCUACCAUCAUUAUUGUUGGCUUGGAUUUAAAGUUUGAGAGAGAGGAACAAGAUAGAGCUGAUCUCAAAGUUCCUGGUCAUCAAAUUGAUUUAGUCAAUCAGGUCGCCAAUGCAGCUAAGGGUCCUGUCAUUCUUGUCAUCAUGUUACAAGAUGCUUUGAAUUCCAUGUCCCUAAGGCUAGUUCCUGAAUUUGGCUACCCUGGAAGGACUUAUAAGUUCUUCAAUGGUGAAACCCUUUAUCCUUUUGGUUAUGGUCUCAGCUACAGUCAGUUCAAUUACUCAAUGGUAUCUUCUGCUUAUGCACUUAACCUGAAAUUGGGAAAGCUCCAACAUUGCUACGAUGUCAUUUAUGAGGAUGGAACUACUAGGCCUCCUUGCCCUGUAGUUGUGGUGGAUGACAUAACUUGUGGCAAAGAAUUGGACUUUGAGGUUGAUGUUAAAGUUCACAAUGUGGGAAAUGUGGAUGGAACUGAUUUUGUCAUCGUCUACUCAAAGCCUCCGGCAAGCAUUAAGGAACUCAUAUCAAACAGGUUAUUGGGUUCCAAAGGGUGUUCUUGA